UUCUGUGUUUACUCUGCUCAGUUGGCAAGAUGGCGUCGGAACCGAACAAGACAGAAAUUCUCACCAUUUUUAAGCGACUACGCUCCGUUCCCACAAACAAGGCUUGCUUUGACUGUGCUGCUAAGAAUCCGAGUUGGGCUAGUAUUCCAUAUGGCGUGUUUCUGUGCAUUGACUGUUCUGGGAUUCAUCGCUCAUUGGGAGUGCACUUAAGCUUCAUCAGAUCCACCGAGCUGGAUUCCAACUGGAGCUGGUUUCAGCUGAGAUGUAUGCAGGUUGGAGGAAAUGCCAACGCGAUGGCGUUUUUCCAUCAGCACGGCUGUACCACCAACGACACCAAUGCAAAAUAUAACAGUCGUGCGGCUCAGAUGUACAGAGAGAAGAUUCGGCAGUUCGCCAACGCCGCGCUCUCCAAAUAUGGCACUGAUCUGUGGAUUGACAAACCGGGCUGUGCUCAACCAUCACCUUCAGAGAAGAAAGAGACUGACUUUUUUGAUGAGCACACACAGCCUGCCAACAGCUGGGACAUGGCAUCACCCUCCCUAACUGAUCAGAACGGAGCCGUAACAAUCACCCCUCAACUGGAGCAGAACACUCCUAAGAAUUCUGAGACCGCGAGUACCCAGCCUGAAGAGGGUCCGAGCAUUGAAGGCCUGAGCACGAGUUCUAAAGGCACAAUAGAGAACUCAAUGAGAUUGGCAUCUGAAGAGUCACAAACUCCUAAAGAUGAUCAAGUGAAACCCUCCAUCAUUGGAAAGAAAAAGCCAACCACAGCAAAGAAAGGGCUUGGAGCUAAAAAGGGUCUUGGUGCCCAGAAAGUGAGCAGCAAGAGCUUCAGCGAGGUGGAGAAACAGGCCCAUCUGACCGAGAAGAUGCGAGAGGAACAGGCUGCCGAGUCCAAGAAACAAGCCGAGGAGUCCAUAGUGACCUCUAUGAGACUGGCCUACAAAGAGCUGGAGAUCGACAGAAAGAUGGAAGAAAAGAAACUCAAGAACAUGGAGGAGAAGAAAAAAGAGCAGGCGGAGAGGUUGGGCAUGGGAUUCGGCAACCGGAGUGCCGUGUCUCACUCCGUGAUGGCCGAGAUGCAGGUGAUCGAGCAGGAGACCCCGGUGGGGGUCAAAUCCUCCACCCGCACCAAGCUGGACAUGUUUGAUGAGCCGGGGUUUGCCUCUGGACCACCAAAGUACAAGGAUAACCCUUUCACAUCAGGAGACAGCUUUGGGUCACGGUGGGACAGUGAUACCGGAUCAGCUUUCUCCUCCUGGGCUCUGGAGAAGGACGAGCCUAAAGACAGCGAGGUCACCAUCUCGAGCAUCCAGCCGAUUGGCGAAAGGUUGCCUAGCCGACGGAAGCAUGAGGUCUCUGUGCCAGUCGCAGAGUCCAGCGAAGCCCGACAGAAGUUCUCCAACGCUAAAGCCAUCUCAUCCGACAUGUUCUUUGGCCGCGAGAGCAACCCGGAGUAUGAGGCAAAGACUCGUCUGGAGGGCAUGUCUGGAAGCACCUCCAUCAGCUCUGCUGAUCUGUUUGGUGACGGCAGCGACCGUUCCUCAGGAUCAUCAGGUUUUGACGGCGUGCUUCCCUCUGGUCCAGACAUUGCCCAGUUCAAGCAAGGUGUGAAGACGGUCGCUGGGAAGAUGGCAGUGCUGGCUAACGGGGUUAUGAACACCAUUCAGGAUCGCUAUGGCUCUUACUGACAGAACUGCAUUAGACUGAUAUGGACGUUACAUCAAACAGGAUACACCUCACUGCUGAUUGGAUCUGGUCUGUCUGUCUUACCUAAAAACAUAAGAGGAAGACGAAGGCAUGGGAGCGCCUGUUUCUCUCCUGACCACUGUACACAUUCUUUGCUGACAGUAUUUUAAUGUUUAUUUUGAAGACGUGUUUUAUUUUCAGAUAACAGGAGCACUGGGAAAGAGUGUAAAGUUUACAACCGCGGUGCUCGCUGUUUUACCCAACAAUCCUGUUUUCUACGCCAUGUUUGGUCUUUGAUUUCAAAUAGUUUUUUAUUUGAAAAGUAUUCUUCCUGGAAUUAAAUGUAUAACUGCAUAUUUGUUAGCUCUAACGUGUUCUCAUGGCUUUUUUUGUAUUUUAACGAUGCAUUCGGUAAACAUGUGAUCCCCAUAUGGUAUAUUUAUACAUUUUGCACCCAAGCGUUCUUUUAGUUUUUUUAACAACAUGACUUUACAUUUAGCGACUAUGGUUAUGGGUGACAGGUAUAGUUCCUCUUUGCAUAAGACGACCUAAAGUUUAUUUUUAAGUGAUGUUAAAAUAACGUUAAUAUUGUGCAAUAUGUCCUGGCAUGUCAAUGACCAGCUCUUGGAUGCAGCGGUGUUACCUGGGAAUUCAUCGCUAUUGUGGUUUUUGUUGGAGAGGUGAAUUUAAACAACCGUGUUUGUUUUGCAUGCCAGCACAGGUAGAAGACACUGGUGCUGAAUGUUAUCAAUCCCAGCAUUCCCAAAAUUUUCAAGAGGCACAACCCAAACUGAUUUGAGAUUUACAGUUGUUAAUUUAAGCGUGUAAUUUAUUUUGUGGUACCAAAUGGAUCUACAGUCUGAUUAAGUUGUGACCCGGCCACAUUUAACAUUGACAUUAUAUCAUCUGUGGAUGAAGAGGGAGUGUUUGAAAACAGUUGUUACUAGUGCUCACAUUUGCUACACACUUCACUUCAGACAUGAAUCAAAUUGAAGUAUAUAUUUAAUUGAGUAAAAAAACAGUCAACAGCCAUUUUUUAUUUCAAAUUGACCAGUUUUAGUGUAGUCAGGCAGUGUGCAUGUGCAAUACUGUUUCCUAGUACAUGCAUUCAAACAAUACAGCUUGUCCUUGUUUGGGGUUGUACGAUGACAUCUUGGAAUAUUCUUUUGUUUUAAUACUCCUCGUACAUUGUCUGCCUGUCCAGUUGUAUCCCUAAAUUUGACGAUAAAGAACAUCAACCCGACAGCCGCCUGGAUUAAAAAGCUAUUUAUUGUAGCCUGUUGAGAAGAAUCUAUUGAGAACUGUGUGAAUAAAGAUUAAAAUCCCCACACUUUGAUUCAAGACUUGUGUAAUCAAUCCAUGACAUUUAAAGUGCAAACAAAUGAGUGGUAAAGAAACUGCAAUUCAGAGUACAAAGUGGUACAGACGCUGACCCUUGAACCCUUAUAAAAAUGAAAUGAGCAGAGGCCCGGCCUGGCAAACCUUAGAAAAGUCUCCGUAUCGGUGGGUUGUGGCUUUAAUGUGCUCCUUAUUCAACACACACCUUUCAUGCUGUUGUAAAGGGGCAAAGUAGUCUGUGACCUCUUCAUUCAGCGCUUCAGCUGAAGAACCGAGCUGUACGACAGACUGUGAAUCGACUGACCGUGGAUGAAAUUUAGCUUGACAGCGUUCAAUUGUCUCGAUGCCAGAGACUCCCUAAAAGACCCUUUGAUCACAGAUAAAUAAAUGCACAUAAAAACCACCUUUAGUUAUUACAUCAAUUGCGAGGAUCUUCGACAUUACCAUACAAACAAAAGAUCAAUAUGUAAGCCGUCCUCCAGUGUUAUUUGUAUGGUAGUUAAAUUGAGAGGUGGUGAUCAGAGAGACGCAUUAUGUGCCAGUGCGGAUGCUAAACGUGUCCCUUUCUUCUUGUGUUAAAGCUUUAGAUUUACUUAAUGAAACAAAGAAUAGCAGGUUUAGAAGCAAAGUGCCCAUAUAUUUAGUCAUUUAUGUAUUGAAUAGUUAUAGUGCUGAUUAGUGUAACAACCCAGGAAUAACCCAAAUAAAGUUAAUUCCGUUCAAUUUCUGUCUCAGUUUUGUAGCUAAAGUAACUGAGUUAUAAAUCUCACUGGUCACAAUAUUGCACAUUUAUAGAUCAGGAGACAAUGGAAAUCAUCAUAGUCAUCAUCUACUCACCCUCAUGUCAUUCCAAACCUUCUUCUGCAGAACACAAAAGAAGCUGUUUUGAAGAAUGUCGGUGUCGGUAACCAAACAACAUUUACCCCCAUUGACUUCCAUUGUAUGGACACAGAAAUACUGAGACAUUUCUCAAAAUAUCUUCUUUUGUGCUCCACAGAAGAAAGAGUCACAUACAGGUUUUGGAAAAA